CAGUCGGAAAAGCAAAAUGACCAUCACCACGCCCAUCCGUUCGAGCCUUCAGGCAGCCACCGCUUCCUCGUCGCCAUCCUCAGCCGCAUUCGGCUUCUGGCUGACACUCCCCAGCUCCGCCGUCGCCAAAACCAUCCUCCACGGUGCCUCCGGUACAUCGACACAGUUCAGCUGGGUGUUGGUGGAUGCCGAGCAUGGGUUGAUUUCGGAUUAUCAUUACUAUGAUUUAAACAACGCCAUCAGCUCCACCGACACCAGCCCCAUCAUCCGCGUCCCCUACGCCGAAGAAUGGAUGAUUAAGCGGGCCCUAGAUGCCGGCGCGCACGGUAUCAUGACGCCGAUGUGUCAUACCGCGGAAGACGCAGCAAACAUCGUAAAAUACACCAAAUACCCCCCCCAAGGCACCCGCGGCUACGGCCCCAUGUUCGCCCCGCACUCGCUCCCCGGCGUGAACCCGGGCCCGGACUACGACGAUCAGAUUAAUGAUGGGGUGACGGUGUGUGUGCAGAUUGAGUCGCGGGCGGGAGUGGAGAAUGUGGAGGCCAUUGCGGCGGUCGAGGGGCUGGAUGUGUUGUUUAUUGGGCCGUUUGAUUUGGCCAAGCAGAUGGGGGUGCGAAGGGGGAGUGACGAGCAUGAGAGGGCUAUUCAGCGGGUGCUGGAUGCGGCGAGGAGGUUUGGGAAGACGGCGGCGAUUUUUUGUACCGAUGGUGUGGAUGCGCGGAGGCGGGCGGAGCAGGGCUUUCAUAUGAUCUCCGUGACCACGGAUGUGAAUGUCAUUCGGGGGGGAAUGUUGGGGGAGUUGAGGGUGGCAGUUGGGGAUGGAGCGGGCUCGAAGAGUUCGGGGGGGUAUUAA